AUGGAGUAUCAAGCUUUUGGAAGGGCCCAGAGACCAAAAGGGGUUAUCAUAAAGCAGGCAUUGAAGGUGAUGCUAGUUUUGGCUGUUGGUGCAUGGAUGUUAUAUCAGAUCCAGCAAUCAAGAAAUGACAGAGAGAACUAUAACGAUGAAACCAAGUUUGUUCGAGGGAAUGAUGCUAUAUUGUUAGGGCGUAAAGGGAUUCUAUCACGGUUAGAUGAAAUAGAUUUUCCUGACUCAGGAAAUAUAGAUUCUGCAGGAGAAGAGUCAAAUAGUGGCAGGGAUGAUGAAUCUGAAUCAUCUGAUGGAGCCAAGGAAGAUAAGGCUGGAGAAGAGUUUGGACAUAUCAAAGAGAAAUUCGGCACAGGAGAAAGAAAAGAAGUGGAACUUGAACCACAAAGUCAAUCUGAGGUAUCAUCCGAAAAUCAAUACAAAGAUUCAUUCAAAACAACAGCUGGAAAGGUUGGUAUAGAAUCAAGGAGAAAUGAGUCACGUCAAAAAGGGCACGGCAAUGAGAAAUACCCAAAGAGAUCAAUAGUAAAUGAUUAUAAAAUUAAUGGCAAAGAAAAAGAAGUACAACUCAGGAAACAGCUAAAUGUUGUGCAUGUUAGACAGAAUGCUAUAUUAGAUUUCUCAGAAAAGGAGAAUGACGGAGAUGAAGGGCAUAGAAUUAGAGACAAGGAAACCGGGAUACAGAAAAAUGUGGUAGAGGGUGCCACAAGUGCCGAAGUGACAGAGGAAAUAGAUGAGGUCCCAAGCUUUCAUGACGCGAAUGGUGUCCCACCUGAUGUUAAUGAAACUGAAAUAGUGUUUGGUCAGGCACACAUCGUGCAUGAAGAAAACCUUUCAAAUGUUAGUAAAGGAAGUUGGCUUAGAAAACACAUUUAUGAAGUCACAUAUGUAGAAGAUAACACUAUUGAAGUGAAUUUGGGAGCAUCAAAGAACGAGGCUGAUGAUGAAAUUAAUGCAGGAAAUAUUAUCACUCAUACCGAUACUUCAGGCAUCAAACACAGUUCAGAAAUCGGUGAAGCAGAUAGCUAG